GUGCUGCGGGCGUCUGGAGGCCCCCGGGCGCCCACUCGCCGGCAUGUGCGCUGCAGACGUGGACCAUCACGUAGCCCAGCGAUACUUGCUCAAGCGGCGGCUGGGGAAGGGGGCCUACGGCAUUGUGUGGAAGGCAGUGGAUAGGAGGACCGGCGAGGUCGUGGCCAUCAAGAAAAUCUUCGAUGCCUUUAGGGAUAAGACGGACGCCCAGAGAACCUUCCGGGAGAUCAUGUUGCUCCAGGAACUUGGGGACCAUCCCAACAUCAUCCGCCUCCUGGAGGUGAUCCGGGCGGAGAACGACAGGGACAUUUACCUGGUGUUUGAGUCUAUGGACACUGACCUGAACGCCGUCAUCCGUAAGGGCAGGCUGCUGAAGGACAUCCACAAGCGCUUCAUCAUCUACCAGCUCCUGCGGGCCACCAAGUUCAUCCACUCGGGAGGCGUCAUCCAUCGGGACCAGAAGCCGUCCAACAUUCUCCUGGAUGCCAGCUGCUUGGUGAAGCUCUGUGACUUUGGUCUCGCCCGCUCCCUCGGCGGCAUCCCUGAGGGGCCUGAGGGCCCGGCCCUGACAGAUUACGUGGCCACACGCUGGUACCGGGCUCCAGAGGUGCUGCUGUCCUCGAGCUGGUACACCCCUGGGGUGGACAUGUGGAGUCUGGGCUGCGUCCUGGGGGAAAUGCUUCGGGGGAGGCCCCUGUUCCCGGGCACAUCCACACUGCACCAGCUGGAGCUGAUCCUGGACACCAUCCCGCCUCCAUCCAAGGAGGACCUCCUGGCUCUUGGCUCAAGCUACAGCGCCUCAGUCCUGCCCCGCCCGGGGCCCCGGCCACGGCAGACGCUGGACGCCCUCCUGCCGCCAGACACCCCCCCGGAGGCCCUGGAUCUCCUCAAGGGACUCCUGGUAUUUGCCCCGGACAAGCGGCUUAGCGCCGCGCAGGCGCUGCAGCACCCCUACGUGCAGAGGUUCCACUGCCCCGCCCGCGAGUGGACAAUGGAUUCGGCCGUGCGGAUCCCGGUGCUGGAAGGAGCUCAGCUCUCAGCCCCUGAGUACCGCAGCCGCGUCUAUCAGAUGAUCCUGGAGCGCAGGGGCAACAGCCACGCCCCGAGACAGAAGGGCCUGGGGGGCACGUGCCCGGAGGCGGAGCCCAGUGGACCCCCGCCCCAGGCGCACCUGCCGUCCCCCAGAGCCGCCCCCCAGCUGCCCCCCGGCUCUUCGUCGCAGAAGUCCGGCCGCAGACCUCCGAGCCACCUGGGUCACCAGUCCGCCCACGGUGAAGUCCAGCGUGAAGGGGGCGGCGCCCUCCCUGGCCUCGCAGGCUGCCGCCCUGGGGGCCGUCCAGGCCCUGAUCCGGAGCGACUGGAACCCGGGCCGUGGGGCGACGGCGGCCGGAACGCGACAGGUCCCUCGCGGGCUUCCGGCGGAUGCCCGGCCCGAGCCCCGGCCCGGCCGGCGGAUGUUCGGCGCCCCGGCCUGGCAGGGGGCCCAGGGCGCCGCGAGGGCCGCGCUGGGGGGCUAUUCUCAAGCUUACGGAACCAUCUGCCAUUCGGCGCUCGGCCGCCUGCCCCUGCUCCCCGGGCCCCGCGCGUGAGCCGCCCGCCAGCCUCCAGUCCGGCUCCUGUACUCAGCCCGCGCCCCUCGCCCAGCUCUGGAUUCGGCCCCCAGCGCCCCGUGCUCCCCACUCCCUUACCCGCUCCCGCUUGUGCCUGCACGCGUCCUUGAGUUCGAGGGACGUUGUCCAAGCGUUUCUGGGGGGGGGGGAGAGGUCCCCCCCCCCCCCCCCAGCCACUUCCUCCAAUAAAGUCUUGUUUGGCCACA